AUGCAACCCUAUAGCUCUCAUGAUGGUAUGUACCAUCAAUAUCCAGUCUCUCCUUUUCUGGUACCGGUAGGAUUAGCAACGGGAUCGCUGCGAUAUUCAACUUUAAGCGCUGCCUAUGCUGGAUCAUUAGUGAUUCCGUUGAUCAUGUUAUUGAUGUUCUGUCCGACAACGUUUAAAAGAUCUCCAAUCUUUCCAAUUUUAAUCAUCAAUCUUUGCUUAGGAAUCGCUUUGGCUGUUUGUUCAUUCAUCGAAGCUAUGAAUAGCUUGAGAAAUCCUCUCGAACCGAUGAGUGAGUCUCUAGCUCUCACGAUCACUGGAUUGUGCUUGGUAAUACCAAUCUUUACAGAUACAGUCUUGGUAUUCAAACUGCUAAGACUUUUUCCUGCUUUUCAAUAUACAUUAUUCCAACGAAUGCUUCUCGUCGCUAUUCCAUCACUGCUCACCAUUCCUCGAGUGGUCGUCAUGGCUUUGUUCUUAAAAGUACACCAGCAAGCGAUGUCAAGUAAUCCUUCAAUCCUUGACGCUAUUAGACUUUUGAUGAAAUCACGCUUACCAUUGAUCGAAUUCUCGUUACAAUUAGCAAGUAACUCUUAUUGUUCGUUGAUUUUACUAAUCAAGGCGUAUACGCUAUUAUAUGGAAAUGAACGUACAGAAACGGAAACGUAUCGAAGCGAAGUGAUGAUGAAUCGGCUAAAAUCAAUGUUGAAAAUCAUGGCAGGAUCAUUUUUAAUUCCAGUCUUUAUUCAAAUUUCUUUAGUUUGUACUUUUGCAAGAUCAAAAGACUUAAACGUUCGAGAGCCUAUUCAAUGGACAAAUGCUUAUGUUUCCUUACAUUGCGCAGUCUUGGCAACCGUUUGGUCUUCAAUAGGCGAUGUCACAGGAGUGAACGAAGAGCAAGCUGCAAAAAAAGCUAAAAAGCAAUCUUCAAGUUUAUUCGUUCCAGUAGAUCACGAUGAAGUAGGAGAAAUGCCAAAUUUACUUAGACAACAACAAUUGAAAAUCAAUACUCAAUCAGGAAGUUGUCCGACAAAUCCUGCUGCAAAAACCGGACGUGAAAUCAUUCCGAAGCGUUCAGCAAGUACGAUCAACGAAGGUGAUAGUGUUGAAAUUAUGCCAAGCCCUUAUCUUUUGACUAUGCAAAGUUUGUCGCCUUCUUCCCGUUCUACGGAAAUGUCAAUACAAAGACCGGUUUAUCAUUCUAGCCUUCGAUCGUAUAAUGAUUCCGUGCCCAAAGAGGCUGUGAAGUAUGCAACCAUCAGCGCUGCCUAUGCUGGAUCGUUGGUCAUUCCAUUAGGUUUGAUAAUUCUAUUUUGUCCGAAAGUACUCAGAAGGUCACCAAUUUUUCCCAUCUUGAUCAUCAAUCUAAUUUUGGGAAUCGUUUUGGCUUUUUUGGCAGUUAUUGAUAGCAUGCGAUAUGUUUCAAAACCAAUUGAUCUUGAAAUGGAAACAAGCUCACUGACAAUCGCAGUCACUUCGUUAAAUUUUCUCAUCCCUAUACUCACAGAUACAGUAUUAAUUUUCAAGCUUCUAAGGCUCUUUCCUGCUUUUCAAUACACACCGUUGCAACGGGUAGCAAUCGUAGCUAUUCCAAGUCUCUUAACGAUUCCUCGAAUAAUCGUAAUGGCACUUUUAGCAAACGGAAAGGUAAAAAUAUUUGCAAGAGAUAGAACAUUUUUGACAACGUUGGAUUUUUUGAUGAACUCACAUUUACCUUUGAUUGAAUUUUCGAUGCAAUUAGCAAGUAAUUUAUAUUGUUCGGUUAUCUUGCUAAUCAAAGCAUAUACGCUCUUACAUGGAAAAGUGGAUGAAGAUGUGGAAAUCUAUCGAAGUGAAGUGAUGGUACAAAGAUUACGAAUCAUGCUCAGAGCAACUUUGAGUUCGUUCUUGAUACCCGUUUGCAUUCAGCUUGCUUUGGUUAUCGUGUUUACGGUAUCAAAUGACUUGGACAUACGUGAACCUCUUCAAUGGACAAACACUUAUGUGUCUCUACAUUGUGCUGUAUUGGCCACAGUAUGGUCUUCGAUAGGUGACGCUACAGGAACUACAGAAGAGCAAGAAAGGAUGCAAGACCGUAGGAAAAGCUCGACUGCAUUUAUACAACUUGAACGUGAUGGAGUAGUGGGAGAAGGUUUGCCAGGCUUACAUCAUCAACGAUCCGAAUUAUCUGCCAUUCAACCAAAAUCAGCAAAUCCUUCAAUCAGGCCUGGCACAAAACGUUCAGUCAGCCCAUUCUGUGAAGGUGAUAGCGUUGAAGUGACACCAAAUUCUUAUCAAUUAUCAAAAUUACAUUUAGCAACCCCUUCUAGUUAUCUGGAAACGCCAGUACAUAAACCAGACUAUCACGCCAACGACCUAGCAGGCUAUGACGCAGUACGAGAGAUGAAUACAACUCGUCGAAUUCAACGACAACAAGAUUAUGAUCAUAGUGUGUGA